UUUGUGUUUACCAGGCUGCUACCCACCACCGAUUUGGAUUCUUCUGUGUACUGAACAACAACAUCUCCUGGUGGUCUCCUGCAAGUCCUCUCCAGAGUUCCUUACUCUCAACCUCAGGCAAAUGAAAACUGAACUUUCUAUACAACAUAAAAAGUGAGAAAAGAGGACGUGACAUGCUCCAUAAAACAGAAUCAGGAGGAAGACUUACAAAGACAUGGAACCCAUCAUCACAGGGAGGAAGAAAGUAGAGUGAGAAGCCUGCUACCCAUACCUAUGAACAAUCUCACAGUAAUUUGUAUUGAUUGGACUUUAAGAUUUUUCAAGUAAUAUGCUGCCUUUGCAGGACGAAGAGAUGUUAAUGGUAAGAAGGCUAUUUAUUCAACAUACUGCAUAGAGGAGCUGCAAAGACAAUGGCUUCAAAGGUCUCAUGUCUCUAUGUUUUGACAGUUGUGUGCUGGGCUAGCGCUCUUUGGUACCUAAGUAUAACUCGUCCUACUUCUUCCUACUCCGGCUCUCGGCCAUUUACUAACGUUGCUGCAGCCAGGAAGAACGUUACCUUUGGUAAUAUAAGAACUCGACCUAUAAACCCUCAUGCAUUUGAGUUUCUCAUAAAUGAGCCCAAGAAAUGUGAGAAAAGCACCCCCUUCCUUGUCAUCCUCAUUAGUACCACACACAAGGAAUUUGAUGCCCGACAGGCUAUCCGAGAGACGUGGGGAGAUGAAAACAACUUUAAGGGGAUCAAAAUCGCCACUCUCUUUCUCCUAGGGAAGAAUGCUGAUCCUGUUCUAAAUCAGAUGGUGGAACAAGAAAGCCAAAUCUUCCAUGACAUCAUCGUAGAGGACUUCAUUGACUCGUACCACAACCUCACCCUCAAAACGUUAAUGGGGAUGAGAUGGGUUGCCACUUUCUGCUCAAAAGCCAAGUACGUCAUGAAAACAGACAGUGACAUUUUUGUAAACAUGGAUAAUCUCAUCUAUAAACUACUAAAACCCAACACUAAACCAAGGAGAAGAUACUUCACUGGCUAUGUCAUUAAUGGAGGACCAAUCCGGGAUGUCCGCAGUAAGUGGUACAUGCCCAGAGAUUUGUACCCAGAUAGCAAUUACCCACCAUUCUGCUCCGGGACUGGCUAUAUCUUUUCAGCCGAUGUGGCAGAACUCAUUUAUAAGACCUCACUCCACACAAGACUGCUUCACCUUGAAGAUGUGUAUGUGGGACUGUGUCUUCGGAAGCUGGGCAUUCACCCUUUCCAAAACAGUGGCUUUAAUCACUGGAAAAUGGCCUACAGCUUGUGUAGAUAUCGCCGAGUCAUUACUGUGCAUCAGAUCACACCAGAAGAAAUGCAUAGAAUCUGGAAUGACAUGUCAAGCAAGAAACAUCUCCGGUGUUAAGAUUUUUACAGGUGUAAAUAUCUUUUAUUUUCUUUUUUUUCCUUCUUUCUUUCUUCCUGCCUUCCUUCCUUCCUCCCUUCCUUCCUCUAUCAUUUCCUUCCUUCCUUUCUUCUUUUUAAUUUGGGAGGCUAUAUUGUUGGUAGUUUACACAUGUUACUAUGGGAAAUGAAUCGUGAAGGAGUUUGCAAAAAGUAUUUCCCCCCAUCCCCUCAUGUCUUAGUUUCUUUGAUCAUCAGUUUACAAAUGUCACAUUCUCAUUACACAGAUGUUACACAAGUUGAAAGUGCCAGAUGCCAAUCUCAGGGCAUAGGGCAUUGCCAUUUAUUCUCAAAAAGCAGCUCCCAACCUGUGCCCCCAAAAGGAGAAACUGGCUGAAUGCUACCCAGCUACAGCAACUAUGCUUCUGAGGUAGAAAUCUGGUUCUGAGAGAAGGAAAGUCACCUCACAAUAAUGCCUUCAUCUCAUCCCUUCAAAGCGAAAAUAACUUUGUUUAGAAACCUGUUUAGAAAUAGACAGAGUCAAGACACAUGAGAGGGAGUAUUUCUGCUGUGUGUGAUAUUUACAUUGGGUUUUUUUUCCCAUAUAUUGGCAUGCAAAAUGUGUUAUAUGUACAAUUCCACCCCCAAAAAAGAACUUAGUUCUGGCAGGAAGACAGGCAUUGGAUGAGUGGGAAUUUGAACUUGAGAAUCAGAUGUUCUAGAAGUUCAGGAAACAACUUUAUUGCUCAUCCAAGGAUUAAACACAUGGUGGGCAGCAGGUGGAAUGUAUAUAGAAUGCUAUUUAACAAAAUAAAUAGGAGAUUUAUUCUCAGUUCUUUCAGAACAAAUAUAAAAUUGUGCCUCCAAGGAAAAUUGCCAAAUGUAACUUUACCUGCUUCAACCCAGUAUGCAAUGUCACUGAGUACACUUGGAAUGUUAGGGUCAUCUGGGCACACGGUUCCAAAGAAAGAAAAUAAGCAAAGCUAAUAUGCGGCCAAGAAGAGUGCUACAUCACAGUGCAAAGAUGGCAGAUUCCAAAAGCAUGAAAAGAAUUAGAGCCCUAGGAAUUAGGCAAAGGGCACCAAAUCUGGCUGGCACACCAAGUGUGUGCAAUGCAUACUUUAGUACAGUUGAAUGUCAGCAAGGUUCCCAGUAUUACAUGCAAUUGCAAUAGCAUUGAGGUCUUCUCAGGGGCAGAGUUUCAAGAGAUUUGCAGCCAAGGGAGGGAAGCUUAGGUUCCAUUCCUUUCUCUUCCACAAGACUCCCAGUGUCAAAGGAGAAAAUGAUGGAAACCUCAGUGUGCCUCAAUUUACUCAUUUGCAAAGUGGCAAUUAUUAAAAAAAAAAAAACCUACCUCCCGGAUGCUGUGAAUUUUAAUUCAUGUUUGCCAAGUACCUUGAAAUCCUCAGCUGAAAGGUGCUAUGUAUGUGCAAAGUAUUAUUAUUGUAUUAUUAUUAUUAUUAUUGCUAUAAUAUCAGUAACCAGUGAGUAAUGGUGAGAGGCAGUGGAGGCAUGGUAUCUAAAGGGCUAGCCCUAAAGUUAGGAAGACCUGGGUUCCUGUCCCACCUCUAACACUGUGGGUAAAUCACUCAACCCCUCAAUGCCCCAGGCAUUCUAACUCUACAGUGUCUGAUUUGUGUUGGUGAAGAGAGUUUCUAUCUGAGAGCUUCUUACACAGAUUAAAAUCAUGGGUCCAGUUUCCACCUCUCCCUCCCCUCUGAAAAAGCAAACUAGUAAUUAUUACUAGUAAUAUACCACAUAUGUUAAUAUAAAAUUCACCACAAUUAAUCUGGAAUAAAUCACUAAAACUUUUCUUUCUCUCUAGUCUAAUUUAGAUCAGGAGUUCUUAACCUAGAGUCCAUGAACAUUUUUUAAUG